GCGGCUGGCCGGGGCUCCGCCUUGCCCGCGGGCAGCUGAGCCGCGGAACACCGCACUAGGCGCGGCGGCCAGCGGCAGUAGCCGGGGCUAGCCGGCGCUGCGCUCCGCUCCCCCGGCACCAUGAACCGCACCGAGGACGCAGUCAAAGAGAAAUUGCUGUGGAACGUCAAAAAGGAGGUAAAGCAGAUCAUGGAGGAAGCCGUCACCAGGAAGUUUGUGCAUGAAGACAGCAGCCAUAUCAUUGCUCUGUGUGGUGUGGUAGAGACCUGCCUGCUGCAUCAGCUGAGGCGUCGGGCUGCGGGCUUCCUGCGCAGUGACAAGAUGGCUGCCCUCUUCACCAAGGUGGGGAAGACCUGUGUGGUAGCCGGAGAGGUCUGCCGAAAGGUGCAGGAGCUGCAGCAGCAGGUGGAGAGCAGGAAAUCAACAGGAGGCAACCAGGAGGCCCUUCGGAGACAGGGCUCAACUGGAGGGAAGCCCCCAACUCUCAGCCCCCAGGCCCUGAGGCACAUUUGGGUGCGCACUGCCCUCAUUGAGAAAGUGCUGGACAGAGUUGUCCAGUAUAUUGUGGAAAACUGCAGCAAAUACUAUGAGAAGGAAGCCCUGCUGGCGGACCCCGUGUUUGGCCCCAUCCUGGCCUCUCUGCUAGUGGGACCCUGCGCUCUGGAGUAUACCAAGCUGAAGACGGCAGACCACUAUUGGACGGACCCAUCUGCCGAUGAGCUGGUCCAGAGGCACCGCAUCCGGGGCCCCCACGGCCGUCAGGACUCGCCCUCCAAGCGUCCGGCCUUGGGAGUCCGGAAACGACACUCCAGCGGGAGUGCGUCGGAAGACCGGUUCGCAGCCUCGGCUCGUGAGUACGUGGAGUCCCUGCAUCAGAAUUCUCGAACGCACCUGCUCUACGGCAAGAACAACGUGCUGGUACAACCGAAGGAAGACAUGGAGGCUGUCCCUGGCUACUUGUCCUUGCACCAAUCUGCAGAGAGCUUAACGCUCAAGUGGACCCCCAACCAGCUCAUGAAUGGAACUCUGGGAGACUCAGAGCUGGAGAAGAGCGUGUACUGGGACUAUGCCCUGAUCGUGCCCUUCAGCCAGAUUGUCUGCAUCCACUGCCACCAGCAACAGAACGGUGGAACACUGGUGCUGGUGAGCCAGGACGGUAUCCAGAGGCCCCCUUUGCACUUCCCUCAGGGCGGCCACCUCCUGUCUUUCUUGUCCUGCCUGGAGAAUGGGCUUCUGCCCCGAGGACAGCUAGAGCCACCACUGUGGUCCCAGCAGGGAAAGGGGAAGGUCUUCCCCAGGCUGCGGAAGCGGAACAGCUCCAUGCGGUCUAUGGAUCUGGAGGAGACGGUGAUGGAUGAAGGCCGGGCCAAUGACUACGUGUUCCGGAUCAUCUACCCGGGCCACAAGCACGAGCACAUCACUAUUAACUACCACCACUUAGCUGCCAGCCGCGCGGCCUCGGUGGACGAUGAUGAGGAAGAGGAGGAUAGACUACACGCGAUGCUGUCAAUGAUCUGCUCGCGGAACCUCACAGCUCCCAAUCUGAUGAAAGAUACUGGGGACAUGAUUGAGAUGCAAGGCUUCGGGCCAAGCCCGCCAGCCUGGCAGUACGAGCCUCCAAUCGGCCGAAGCUCCUGUCUCUCCUGUUCUAUCCGAGGUUCGCCCUAUGACCCACCCAACUACUGCAACUGUGCCCAAGACAGGAUGCCCCUGAGACUGCUGUGUGAGAAUAUGAAGAGGCAGAUCAUGUCCCGGGCCUUCUAUGGAUGGCUGGCAUACUGCCGACACCUGUCCACUGUCAGGACCCACCUGUCAGCCCUGGUCCAUCAUAAUAUCAUCCCGCCUGACCGGCCCCCGGGAGCUUCCGGAGGGCUCACCAAGGAUGUGUGGAGCAAGUACCAGAAAGAUAAGAAGAACUACAAAGAGCUGGAGCUUCUGAGGAGAGUGUACUAUGGGGGUGUGGAACAUGAGAUCCGAAAAGACGUCUGGCCUUUCCUGCUGGGACACUACAAGUUCGGCAUGAGCAAGAAGGAGAUGGAGCAGGUAGAUGAGGCUGUGGCAGCCCGAUACCAGCGGGUCCUGGCGGAGUGGAAGGCCUGUGAGGUGGUAGUCCGGCAGCGGGAGCGGGAAGCCCACCCAGCCACGCUCACCAAGUUCUCCUCGGGCAGCAGCAUCGACAGUCACGUCCAGCGCCUCAUUCACCGAGACUCCACCAUCAGCAAUGAUGUGUUCAUUUCCGUGGAUGAGAUGGAUCCCCCUGAGAUGGGACCAAAGUGCCCUGAAGAUGCCGGAGCUGAUCCGGGGCCGUCGGCGGGAACGCCGGGCACCGUGAUCGUGGAGCAGCAGCAGUCUGUAGAAUUUGACUCUCCAGACUCGGGGCUGCCGUCUUCCCGAAACUAUUCAGUGGCUUCUGGAGUCCAGUCCAGCAUCGAUGAUGGGCAGAGUGUGGGAUUCGAGGAGGAAGACCAAGCAGAGGAGGAGGAUCUGGAUCGGUCUGCUUCUGGGCCCCACGCCUCUCUCUAUGAGCCCCCAGACCCUGGCCAGGAAGAUGCCCCACAGUCCAGUGAGCUGGGGGCAGGGGAGGAGCUGGCUGCCGUCUGUGCUGCUGCCUACACUAUAGAGUUACUGGACACAGUGGCCUUGAACCUUCACCGGAUCGACAAGGACGUGCAACGGUGUGACCGAAACUACUGGUACUUCACACCCACCAACUUGGAGAAGCUCCGCAACAUCAUGUGCAGCUAUGUAUGGGAGCAUCUGGAUGUGGGAUAUGUGCAGGGCAUGUGUGACCUGCUGGCACCCCUCAUGGUCAUCCUCGACAAUGAUCAACUGGCUUAUAGCUGCUUCAGCCAACUCAUGAAGAGGAUGAGCCAAAACUUCCCCAACGGUGGGGCCAUGGACACACACUUUGCCAACAUGCGUUCACUCAUCCAGAUCCUGGACUCAGAGCUCUUUGAAUUGAUGCACCAGAAUGGAGACUACACUCAUUUCUACUUCUGCUAUAGAUGGUUCCUGCUAGAUUUCAAGAGAGAGCUGCUCUAUGAGGAUGUCUUUGCUGUGUGGGAAGUGAUCUGGGCUGCCAGACAUAUCUCUUCGGAGCACUUUGUCCUGUUCAUUGCUUUGGCCCUGGUGGAAGGAUAUCGGGAGAUCAUCCGAGAUAACAACAUGGACUUCACAGACAUUAUCAAGUUUUUCAAUGAGCGGGCGGAGCAUCAUGAUGCCCAGGAGAUCCUGAGGAUUGCCAGGGACCUGGUCCACAAAGUACAGACGCUGAUUGAGAACAAGUGAACUUGGCAGCGGCAUUUGUGAGAGGAGGCAGAGGAGGGGGCAAGAGGCCGCCCAGGCUCCCCGAGCCCCAGGAUGGGACAAGUGGAGGGGAUGGCCCCGUCGGGACGGCCAUCACCCUCCCUCCCACCAACCUGAAUCCCAAACAUGCUCCUGAGGCAUCUUCCAUGCAGUGCCAUCCCCCCAAGAGUAAUUUGGAGAUUGAGAGAGGGGGGAACUCCAGGUUUUCCAUGAGUUGGGCCAGGGCUGGCCUAUGGAGCCCACCUCUGGGUCAGAGGGAAGAAUGACUGGGAGUUAGAGAGCUCUGUCUGGGUCUUAACUGGGAGCAGCCCACCCUGGACCCUUGAUGCCUCAGGCCUGUGACAGAUGCUCUCUGGGACAACUACCUCCCUCCCCCCACCCCAGCCCCAAGGAAACCUCUUUCAGGGUCACCCGAGGAAUAGCCAGAGGCCCCAGGCAAGACCCUUAGGGAGAUCCAGCUUGAGGGGUAUCACCCGCGGCUCUCCAAGGGCUAGAAUCUGGCCUGAGACGCCCCUCCCAGAUGGAGGGAGGAUAUCUUCAGACCAGACUGGAGGAUGGCUCAGGAGGCUGCAGGGGCCAGCGCCCUCCCUAAUGUGCUCUCUUACCUUUCUCUUCAGAGAAGCUGGGGGGGGGGGGAGGGGGGCUGGUGGUCCGGCAGUUGCCCGCCUCGACGCGGUCACAGGACCCCUUUUUGGGAGGCCAGACUCCUGU